UAACCUUAGCAACCCCAGCCUAAACCCUACCCCUACCCCAAUACCUAACCAUUAAGAGUCAUCUGAUGCCCUGAGGACGCGUGCUAGGGGAUACUCCAGCGUGCUGCGUGUCUGCGCCCCAGGUCGACACGGUGCACGCAUCAUACAGUGCUGCUGGAGCGGCCUGUCUGCUGCACUGCGUUUUAUUUGUGUCAUUACGAAGCAGGGGCUGCGGCUGCAUUGGGAAACGCAAUUGAAAGCGUGGUGGGAGGCGCUUUGUUUGCGUUCUUCACUCAGCCCCUUAGCCUAGUCCCGACCAAAGCGUGCUUCCGUCCCGUGUACCAUCACCCUCAAACCUAACCCCGAGCAAAGCGUGCUUCCGUCCCGUCUACCACACCGUAUUAGCUGCGAGCUCAAGUAAAGAGAAACCCGGGUCUGGAGAAGGCGAAGCGAGCGAGCGGUAGACUAGCACUGUAGCCUGUAGUAAUAACCAUACAAGCGGCAUGGCGACGGACAACUCCUGCAUCGUGCUCAGUGAUGAGGAGCAAGGCUAUGACCUGGAUCUGUUCUGUAUCCCCAAGCACUAUGCGGACGACCUGGAGCGAGUCUUCAUCCCACACGGCCUCAUCAUGGACAGGACGGAGCGCCUGGCCCGUGACAUCAUGCGUGAUAUGGGCGGUCACCACAUCGUGGCGCUGUGCGUCCUGAAGGGCGGGUACAAGUUCUUCGCUGACCUGCUGGAUUACAUCAAGGCCUUGAACCGCAACAGUGACAAGUCCAUCCCCAUGACAGUGGACUUCAUCAGGCUCAAGAGCUACUGUAAUGAUCAGUCGACGGGUGAAAUCAAAGUUAUCGGGGGAGACGACCUUUCUACACUGACUGGGAAGAACGUCCUGAUAGUUGAGGACAUUAUCGACACAGGCAAAACCAUGAAGACUUUACUGAAGUUGCUGAAACAGUUCAACCCCAAGAUGGUAAAGGUGGCGAGCUUGCUGGUGAAGAGAACGCCCAGAAGCGUCGGAUACAGACCAGACUUUGUAGGAUUUGAAGUUCCUGACAAGUACCUCGUGGGAUAUGCGCUAGACUAUAACGAGUACUUUAGAGAUCUCAAUCAUAUCUGUGUGAUCAGUGAACACGGCAAAGAGAAGUACAAAGCAUGAAGAGCCCUGACCAACGCCGAGCUGGGAAUGAUUCUAUUCUUGUGAAUUGUUAGAUUGUUUUAUAUUUUAAAAGCAAUGCUUUAAGGAUCUGUUUUGUAUUUGCUGUUUCUUGGUGGCACGGGACCCUUCCAGCGUCCCCCAACACACCGUGGAGGCUGCUGUCCCUCUCGAACCUGCACCCAGCCACUCGCUGUCCAAAGCGUUUAUUAGAGACACGCGCACUUCAUGCUUUGGUGUCAAUUAAAAUAUUACAGCUGUUAGUAAAUCCAGAGGGAGCUCCUGAUAAUCGUCCGUGCAGACGCUGCAGUGAAACGAAGAACACUCGAAACAUGACCGUUCAAACCACACUGAGCUGUGGAGAAAGAGAGAAAUAUGGACGAGGUGUGACUGCAUUUUUAUAUGCUGCUGAUACACCGCCUUCCAAAAAACCAAAAAAAUAUAUAACUAUAUAACUACAUAUACACACGCUGUCCCCUUAAUCAAGUUGAUUUCAGUCACUCGUGUUUUUUUGCUUUGUUUUAUAUUCACAAUUCCAGGGUUCAAUGCAGCAUGAAACAUUAUACAGUUUUAUAAAGCAGGCCGGGUCUUUUAAAAAGAAACGAGCAGAAAACAAAGAGACUUCAGCUGCAAAAAAAAAAAAAAGAAAAAGCAGGCCUCCCAGUGAACUCGAGGGCAUGUAAAGUAUAAAGCAGCCGCGUUCUGACCCUGAACUGAAGCGGAGGCUUCUCACGAUUAGUGUAAUUUAAAUUGUUGAAUGUUAAUUGUCUGUUGGUCUAAAUUAAAGCAUCAUUGCAACA